UGUUGCUAAUCACAGGUGGGAUGGAGGGGGGCUGACCGCGUGGACAUUUUCACAUUUUUAAAGUCUCAUAGCUGCUGCUCGUGGAAUAAUGGUCAAAUAUUCCUCAUCGGACUGACGGGUACGCGAAGGGAAGACGAAGCAAUUCAGGAACUGCGUGGUGGGCAUCAACUGACAGGAGCCUGGAAGUAAGCUAAGUUAUGUUUUUUUGCAGGCGCUCCCUGCUGAGAGCAAACAGCUUCUAAAAAACAGACAUACCAACAUCACCGCCGCGGUAAUGCCUCAACCAGGAGAUCCCCAAGGCUGUUACUAGCUAGCUGUCAGGCCCACUGAUGCCCUCAUGACUCCAGGCCGUCUGGCUCGCAGCUACCUCAUCAACUUCAACUGCUGUCGGAAACACCCAGACCGACGCCGCCGACCCUGGGAAUCCCAGGGUCGCCUUGGGCCUUGAUGCAUGGAAUUCGACAGGACUUGGGGCAGAGGAAUAAAGGGGAACAUGUUCCUCUGGUGGAUCUUUCUGCUUUUCUCUCAAGGAUUUGUAUUUCACAGUGUCCACGGGGAACUUCCCUUUAUUUCGAGAAAUAAUGCUGCCAUGCUGGUCAACUGGAACGCUGUUGACGGAAACAAGAAGUUGGUCGCCAUCUAUGACACCAGCGUCAAUGAACCGGGCAACAUGUCUUUCGUGAAGGAGACCGUGGACAAACUGCUGAAGGGAUACGACAUCCGACUGAGGCCGGACUUUGGAGGGGCCCCUGUUAAAGUCGGGAUGAGCAUAGACGUGGCGAGCAUAGACAUGGUCUCAGAAGUCAACAUGGACUACACGUUGACCAUGUAUUUCCAACAGUACUGGAGGGACAAGCGCCUGGCCUACGUAGGAAUCCCCCUCAAUCUGACCCUGGACAACAGGGUCGCCGAUCAGCUCUGGGUUCCGGACACCUACUUCCUCAAUGACAAGAAGUCUUUUGUCCACGGGGUCACGGUCAAGAACCGGAUGAUCCGCCUGCAUCCGGAUGGGACUGUCCUGUACGGCCUCAGGAUCACUACCACGGCGGCGUGUAUGAUGGAUCUCAGGAGGUAUCCCCUGGACGAACAGAACUGCACUCUGGAGAUAGAGAGCUAUGGCUACACCACGGACGACAUUGAGUUCUACUGGAAAGGAGGCGAGUUGGCCGUGACGGGGGUGACGCGGAUCGAGUUGCCGCAGUUCUCUAUUGUCGACUACAAGCUGGUGUCCAGAAACGUGGUCUUUUCCACAGGUGCCUACCCCCGUCUGUCCCUGAGCUUCAAGCUGAAGAGAAACAUUGGCUACUUUAUCUUGCAAACCUACAUGCCAUCCAUCCUGAUUACCAUCCUCUCCUGGGUCUCCUUCUGGAUAAACUAUGAUGCGUCUGCAGCCAGAGUGGCUCUAGGGAUCACCACGGUGCUGACCAUGACCACCAUCAACACCCAUCUGAGGGAGACCCUGCCCAAGAUCCCCUACGUGAAGGCCAUCGACAUGUACCUGAUGGGCUGCUUCGUCAUGGUGUUCCUGGCCCUGCUGGAGUACGCCUUCGUCAACUACAUCUUCUUCGGCCGGGGCCCGCAGAUGCAGAAGAAGCUAGCGGAGAAGGCGGAGAAGGCCAACAACGAGAAGGCCAAGUACGACGCUGCCAGGGAGGCAGGUAGUAGGACCGCAUCCCUAAAACGGUCCAAUCAGGUUAAAGGUCUGCGCCACUCACGUUCGGCGGAACCGCACGGCCACGGGAACAUCCUGCUCACCACCCUAGAGAUCCACAACGAGGUGGCGGGAGGCGAGAUCACCACCAGCGUGGCAGACAUUAGGAACUCUCAGUCCAUGGUGCAGCUGGACAGCACGGCCUCGGCGCACAUCCAGUACCGCAAGCAGAGCGGCGGGAUCGGGCCGCGCUCCGCCAGCCGCCACUCCCUGGACCGGUCCGCUCAGAUAAAACGCAGCCGCCUGCGGAGACGAUCCUCGCAGCUCAAAAUCAAAAUCCCCGAUUUAACGGAUGUGAACGCCAUUGACCGCUGGUCACGGAUCAUUUUCCCCUCGGUCUUCUCGCUCUUCAACCUCAUCUACUGGCUCUACUAUGUCUGACUGGGUUGUUUUGUUGAGGUGUUCUUGUUGAUUGUUUUCAUUUUGUUUCUGUUUUUUUUCCUUGUUCUGUUUUAUACAUAAUGUAAUAUGUUGAAUUAAAGACUGCAACACUACAAGAGGAAAAAGAAAAGACUGAGAAGGACUCCUGCAUUCUGGACCAAGUAAAUGUUAAUUUUUUUUUUACCUGGGAGUGAAUUGUUCUUAGUAACAAGGUCUUUUUAUUUCCUAAAGUAUGUACUGUAAUUGGGACUUGUGCCAGCCAUUUCCCAACAUUUGCUCUUUCCGUAAUGUGUACAUAGAGGGAUAUAAAGCCAGCAAUUCAAUAAAUAGUACAAUAUUUGCAAAAAAGAAAAAUAAACACAAAAGCAGUUAAAGCAACAACUUUUCUAAUAAAAGAGUGAUACAGAAAACUUUAUACUCCGCCGAUGGUCAGAUAAGUACAGGAAAGUCCUAAAAUUGCUUCAACAAACGUAGAAGUAUGUUUAACUGGCACCCUAUGCACUAUUAAUACAUGGAAUGAUCAGUCUUAGUAAGAAAUAACAGCUCUGUUUUUGCCUUGGGUUAUGACACAAACUUUACCGAAAAGACUCUGUGUAUGUGUCUUUGUUCGUGACGUUGAUAAUAUCCGAGUUACUUGCUAACGUCUAAUUUAUGCAUCGAUCCAGUGAAAUGUUAUUCAAACACAAUAACUUAUAGUUGUGGAUUCUAUCCCUCCGUUCUGGAUGGCUGUGACUCAGGUUCUGAAUAUUUGACCUCUUUUUCUUGGCGAAGAAAAAAUGUCACUGAAAUAACUAUUUUGGACAUUUGAUACGGUGAAAAAAAGCACAAAUAUCAGUAAAACUGCCAUUUUUUCAACUUCUAUCUUCUAGCAACAGCGAUAGCACAACAGAAUUGCACUCAAAUUAAUCAAACUUCCUCCAACGAUCAUCUUAUUUUCAUUUUGAACAGCCAAGGGCCUUAGGGGCAACUGUUUAUUCAACCCAUGGAGUAUUAGGAUAUUUUUGUACUGUGUGUCUCUAGCUGUUUGGUUUCCUAACCUGUUUUGUUCCUUUUUGCUCAACACCAACUCUGUCAUGGCGAUAAAUGCGGGACAAGAAAACCUAUUGUACAUAAGUACAUAAAUGUGUAUAUACAUAAAUGUGUAUAUAUAAAUACAUAUAUAUAUAUAUAUACAGUGUGCACAACCCAAAACUAAAAUGAUCAAAUGUUGAGUAUUUUGCGAUUGUUAUGCUGACUUUUAAUGGUCAUAUUAAUGAAGACUAAGAUGAAGGAUCAAACAAAUGAACUGACUGGCCAGUUAAAAGUAUCAGUUUACUUUCUGAGUAGUUGUGGGCUAACCUGAUCACAUUCCCUGUCAAACAUCUGGCCACGUUGAAUUCCACUCUAUGUAUGUAUGUUCAGAUCUGCGCGUUAGAGCUUCAAUGCAAAUGGAUUCCAGGACAACUGUCCUGCAACUAACGAGCACACACUAGCAUUGAAUGUAUCCGAUCCAUUCUUCAGGUAGAGGAUAAUGAGCCAUGGUCAUCGUCUCUCCAUCAGAAUGUAACACGCUCAUUCUUACGUUGCCAGCGAUGAAGAAAGACGCUUUACAAGCGUGUGCAUGUGCAUGUGUGAGAGGGAGACGUGAGAGAGAGGAAGGCGUGGGUAGAAUGUUUCUUUUUGUGCCGCCCGCUCGACGAUGGCAAAUGUCAACUUAUAAUUUGCUUUGUGGGUAAAAAUAGCGCUCCUGUCCCAAGUCUGUGGAUAAGCCGCCGCUGCAUGUGAAGCUACAAACAACAAAGCCAGUCACUACUCAUGGACAAUGAUGAACACCUAAAACAUUCCUCCUCCACCGUUCGUGCAUGUACAUGAACAGACACUUGGUGUGUUGGGGCUGUACGAGAGCAGGGUUUGCCACAAAAAUGAGAAAAUGUUGUAUAUGUGUAGUCUGAUGUGUGACAAGGACCUGAAUGUAAUGUAGCUGGAUUGUUGCACAACUGCAAUUUACUUUCUGGAGACAGGACCGACCUCAGCCCUGAUUCAUUUAGGGCUUUAGCUGAUUUCACACUGCAGCAGUCGACCCAAAGUCUGCUCAUCCUGUUUUUUGUAGAAACGGGAGGAAGGGCACUUAGGAACCGGUUCCAAAAAGCGAGGAAAGCUCUAGUUACAAGUGACCAGUCAGAAAAGUGUUUCUCACCACCUUCCAAACUUCACUUCGUAUCGAGUGUGUGAAGAAGUAGGAACAGAUGUCUCGGUUUAGAUUGUUGAGAUCGUGGUCUCAUGCGUUUAAAGUUACAGUAGAGAGUCGUUCAAGUCUCCGAACCAGUUUGUCCAAAGAUGUGUGGAACUGCUUUGUGUUGUUAGGAGAUACUUGUACUUACGAAAUGGUAGAACGGCUCAUCAAGCUUCAGCGUAGUUGUAAAUAAUAAAAAAAAAUGAAGAGAUGUCUGAAAUGCUGAGGGUAGAAUUGAGUCAAACGCUCGUCCUCGUUUACUGGUUCCCAUUGGUUCAAAGGACUGAUUGAUUGGAGGUGGUUGUCGUAAGAGUUGUUCUAUUCCCAUAUUAGUGCGGUUGACAGGACAACUGUUACUCUAGAUACUUUAUCAUGCAUGCAACUUCAAUUCGUAACUUAAAAAGACUUUAAAAAAAGAUAUUUGAAAAAACUCAUGUCAUGAGAACUGCCAAUUUCUAAUUUUAGAGAUGACACGAUACCAUGUGAGCCUACAUAAAAAUAAAAUAAUUAAAAAAAACUAACAAAAAAAAGAGAGUCAUCAAAGACUUCAGGUGUUGUUUGGCCUUGGUCCCAUAAUGGAAUGUGAAAUGUUCUGUGCUGCCACAAAAUGUACUUAGGCUUAGAUUUCUACUGUAUAUCUCUGUAUGUUUCUCCUACCUUUUGAACAGAUUAUCAUGUUAAACCAUCAAAUAAAUGCUAUACAUUGUACCUGUGUAUUUGGUGUUGCAAGCAUGCAUGACACACCAUAAAUAAUCUGCAUAUGACUGUGCACCGUGUACGGCGAGACAAUUCAGUGAACUGCAGCUUCGAACCUUCAAUAAACCGUAAAGCUUGAAAAGUGUGGAAUGGAAGAGGUUGCCUGUACAAAGCCUGACACUUGGGACUGUCUCAUCUUCAACCGUUCUGGUGCCCUUGAGCAAGGCUCUUACUCCCUGAACUGUCUGUUCCAGCGCAGCUGCCCACUCACUGACAGUGAGAGGCUUUCCAUUACACUGGGCAUCUCCCAGUUGGACUGAGUGUCUUGUGUGUAUGCAAUGAACUUGCCGAAUGCACACCAGGGUGUUGAUGUAUCAGAGAACAGUACUUCCCUGGUUAAAUAAAGAUUGUGACAAUGUG